GUCGCCGGCCGCUGCCACCACUGUCGCACGGGUUGCUGGCGAGCUCCACCGGCCCGCGUCACCACUCUGCGCGCUCCCUGCACCUCCCCGGCUGCUUCAGCCCAAGAAAGCGAAACCCAGGCGUCUCCGGGACCCGCGAUCGCGCCGGCUCGGUGCUCCGAGGGCCGUGCUCGCUCUGCACUCGCCCGGCACUCGCCCCGCGCGGACUCCAGAGCUGUGCGCACCGCGCGGGCGGCGGCUGAACCGGCACCGGGAGGGCGCGGGAGCCGCAGGGCCCCGGGGAGCUUCGGGCGGCUGCUGCGCGGCCUUGGCGGCGGCUCUUUCCCGCUCGCAAUUGGGUCGCUGGCCCGGUCCGUGAGCCGCGCGUAGUAUGGGCAGAUGCUGCUUCUACACGGCGGGGACACUGUCCCUGCUGUUGCUAGUGACCAGUGUCACGCUGCUGGUGGCUCGAGUCUUCCAGAAGGCGGUGGACCAGACGAUAGAAAAGAAUAUGGUGUUGAGAAAUGGUACCGAGGUCUUUGACUCCUGGGAGAAACCCCCUCUGCCUGUGUACACUCAGUUCUAUUUCUUCAAUGUCACCAAUCCAGAGGAGAUCCUCCGAGGAGAAAUCCCCAUACUAGAAGAAGUGGGGCCGUACACCUACAGGGAACUCAGGAACAAGGCAAACAUCCAGUUUGGAGAGAAUGGAACGACCAUAUCUGCUGUCAGCAACAAGGCAUAUGUUUUUGAACGAAACCAAUCUGUUGGCGACCCUAACGUUGACUUGAUUAGAACAAUAAAUAUUCCUCUGUUGACCGUUGUGGAACUGGCCCAGCUGCCCCUCCUCAAGGAGAUCAUCGAGGCCAUGCUGAAAACCUACCAGCAGAAGCUGUUUGUGACUCACUCCGUGCACGAGUUGCUCUGGGGCUACAAAGAUGAGAUCUUGUCCCUCGUCCACAUUUUCCGACCUGACAUCUCCCCGAACUUUGGCCUGUUCUAUGGUAAAAAUGGCACUAAUGACGGAGACUAUGUUUUCCUGACUGGAGAAGACAACUACCUCAACUUUACAAAGAUCGUGGAGUGGAACGGGAAAACGUCGCUGGACUGGUGGACCACGGAUGAGUGCAACAUGAUUAACGGGACGGAUGGAGAUUCUUUCCAUCCCCUCAUCACCAAGGAUGAAGUCCUCUAUGUGUUCCCCUCUGACUUCUGCAGGUCGGUAUAUAUAACUUUCAGCGGUUUUGAGAGUGUGGAGGGACUGCCUGCUUUUCGCUAUAAGGUGCCUGCAGAAAUUCUAGCCAAUACCUCCGAAAACGCCGGCUUCUGUAUACCUGAAGGAAACUGCAUGGACUCAGGAGUGUUGAAUGUCAGCAUCUGCAAGAACGGUGCACCCAUAAUCAUGUCUUUCCCACACUUUUACCAAGCUGAUGAGAAGUUCGUUUCUGCCAUAAAAGGCAUGCGCCCAAACAAGGAAGAACAUGAGACAUUUGUAGACAUUAAUCCUUUGACUGGAAUCAUUUUAAGAGCAGCCAAGAGAUUCCAAAUCAACACCUAUGUUAAGAAACUGGAUGGCUUUGUUGAAACAGGAGACAUUAGGACCAUGGUUUUCCCAGUGAUGUAUCUCAAUGAGAGUGUCCUCAUUGACAAAGAGACUGCAAGCCGAUUGAAGUCUGUGACUAAUACAACUUUGAUCGUCACCAACAUACCCUACAUCAUCAUGGCACUGGGCGUGUUCCUUGGCUUGAUUUUCACAUGGCUUGCGUGCCGAGGACAGGGGUCCAUGAACGAGGGAACGGCAGAUGAAAGAGCACCCCUCAUACGAACCUAAUCAAACUUACCUGUCGCCUGAGCUUGGUGAGAGAGCGUCUGCACUGCCCUGAUCUGGACCAGGACAGGGGAAUCCCUGAAUCCUCACAGGCUCCUGGCCCAUCAAGAAGAGGGAGAAGUCUCAGUGCUGGCAAGUAAGGAGAACUUCCUGGACGGAGGGUAACGAGCAGGGUGAUAUGGAUGGACAUUAUACUUUAUCAAAUCAUGUCUCUGAAAUAGUUCUGAUGUGUCUAGGAAGUAUCUAAUAAACUGUGUAGAAACUUUGUGGUUGGGCUCUGGGAGCUGUGGGAUUUUUGUGACCCCCAUUGUAGAUACAGAGUCUGCAUCAUUUGUUAGCGUUAGCUGGCCUGACCUGGUUCAGUGUGUUUCGUUCUCCGAACUGUGUUCAAAAUAUAUGCGUAUGGCUUCCUGUUCCUCUCCAUCCAACUCCUUACACAAGAGGAAGAGUGUGACACCCAGAGUAAGAUGAUAGCUCCGCGUGCCGCGCCCCGCAAACCUGUCUGCUUUCCUUCCUUGACACGUCACACGCUGUACUUCACUCUGACUUCCAGACUGUAAUCCCUUCAGGAAAAUAACUCAGUCUUUCGACUAUUUGAUGGUGAGUGGGAGUCACAUGGACAGGGCUGGGCGGUGUCUGUCUGUAGAUAGCAUUGUGUUCUUGAGGAUUUUGGGAUGUGCUUUUGUGGAGGUGUUGGUGAGGGUAUUUGUUUAGAGGAGUUCGGUGUGAGUUUAUAGAUUAGCUGUCUUGAUGGAGAAGCACGCCUCUGGGAGAACGGAAUCGAUGGCAUGUAUCCCCAGACAUCUUUGCCAAAUGGGGUGGUGAUGGGGAAUGACGGUGACUGCCAAACACUGAGCGAUUAUUUGUAAAAUUACGAACAUUGGAAAAGUCUGUCUGCCCAUAGCUUACGUCACAUAGAGAUCCAGCAAGGCAUUUCACCUUUGAAAAGAAGAUUUUAAAAUCAUCCCUUAGAUUUGGUCCCGGCCAGUGUUUGGUGGCUUCUCUGUCACUCACUAAGUGCCCUCUGCUCCCAUUGACAAUCGUUUUCCUGACAGAGCGACAAGUGUUUAUAGAGUGCGAGGCAUCUGAGAAGAAGCCAGCUACUCUCUUCAGAGGGUCCCUGAAGGACAGUGGCGUCCCAGCCAUCAUGAAGGGCAUUGUCUUUGAUUCUCAGAGCUCACCACUGAUUUUGUACUGAGGAACCCUAUUUGUUAUCUGGCCAACCUCUUAUAUAAGUUCAUGAAAACUGAAUUUUGUCGUUUAAAACUGAAUUUAAAUGUAAACAAAAAGAAUUAAAAACCUGAAGUUUCACAUA